AGAGAGAGAGAGAGAGAUGGAUUACAGUCUAGCAGCGCUGAAGCUGCUGUGCGGGCAGCUGAAGAACGCUCGGCAAACCCCCUCCCAAAACGCCAUGAAUCUUGGCGGCAUUCUUUUCCAACGCGCUUGGUUACAGGUUCCAUUCCCCUCCCUCUUUUCUUCUUUUCUUCUGCUUUCCACUGACGACGCCCGCCGCCGCGUAGGGCGUUUUGGUCUCGGCUUCCGACGACGGCCGUCUACUCCUCGAUGAUGGCACCGGCGUCAUCUGCCUCGCUCUCUCUGGCGACUUCCGCCUUCGGGAGUGGAAGAUUGGUUAGUUCGGCUGCCCCCUCUCUGCCUCCCCCCAAAACCAUCUUAGCAUCAACUGGAGCAUUUUAUCAUUUAUUUCGCAAUUUGAAAUUCCAGAGGAUGUAUGUUAUGGUUGUUGGGGCAUGCUUUGUCAGUACUGGUGAACCCCCCAUGAUCAAGGUUCACAAGAUGGUUGAUCUUUCACCAUUUCCAGAUAGAGAGGCCAUGUGGUAUCUUGAAGUGAUGGAGGCUUACAAGCUCUUCUACCAGCCUUUGUUUGAAGAAUGAAUUUUGUAUGUAUUUUCUUUAAUAUUUUGUGUUUAUUCAAAUCAAGGAUGGAGAGGGAGAAAGAGAGAAAGAGAUGAACAUUACCUCAAAUUUUUGCAAGGAAAAAUGAAUUUCCUGUAGGAAAAUCUGUUUUUGUAAUUUAAUCACAAAUAUUGCUAUUCUAUAUGUUCUUUAAAUUAUUUAAAAGUUAAACAUUUAGCCAUGGAAGCGAGAAUUUGGAUUCA